AUGACAUCAGGAUUAAAGUGCUACAUCCUCACACUGAGGUGCUACAUCCUCACACUGAGGUGCUACAUCCUCACACUGAGGUGCUACGUCCUCACACUGAGGUGCUACAUCCUCACACUGAGGAGCUACGUCCUCACACUGAGGUGUUACGUCCUCACACUGAGGAGCUACGUGCUCACACUGAGGAGCUACGUCCUCACACUGAGGAGCUACGUCCUCACACUGAGGAGCUACGUCCUCACACUGAGGAGCUACGUGCUCACACUGAGGUGCUACAUCCUCACACUGAGGAGCUACGUCCUCACACUGAGGUGUUACGUCCUCACACUGAGGUGCUACGUCCUCACACUGAGGAGCUACAUCCUCACACUGAGGAGCUACGUGCUCACACUGACGUGCUACGUGCUCACACUGAGGUGCUACAUCCUCACACUGAGGUGCUACGUGCUCACACUGAGGUGCUUCGUGCUCACACUGAGGUGCUACGUGCUCACACUGAGGUGCUACAUCCUCACACUGAGGUGCUACAUCCUCACACUGAGGUGCUACGUGCUCACACUGAGGUGCUUCGUGCUCACACUGAGGUGCUUCGUGCUCACACUGAGGUGCUACGUGCUCACACAGAGGUGCUACAUCCUCACACUGAGGUGCUACGUGCUCACACAGAGGUGCUACGUGCUCACACUGAGGGUCGUUGCCGCGGCGACGCCCUCUGCUGCCUCCACUUCCUGGUUCCAGCCACACCCAUCCUUGACUGAGCAGUCUCCGUUACAGGGUCGGCUGGAGGAGGCGGGACUGAGCCGGGACCACGCCCUAAGAGAAGAGACUCAAUUCCCAGAGACCGCCGCCCGCCGUCUGCUCAGCGGGAACCUCAGCGGAACCUCAGCAGGGACCUCAGCAGGGACCUCAGCAGGGACCUCAGCAGGGACCUCAGCAGGAACCACAGAAGAGAACCUCAGAGGAAAACCUCAGUGGGAACCUCAGCGGAACCUCAGAGGAGAACCUCAGAGGAGAACCUCAGUGGGAACCUCAGAGGAGAACCUCAGAGGAGAACCUCAGUGGGAACCACAGAAGAGAACCUCAGAGGAGAACCUCAGAGGAGAACCUCAGAGGAGAACCUCAGUGGGAACCACAGAAGAGAACCUCAGAGGAGAACCACAGAGGAGAACCACAGAGGAGAACCUCAGAGGAGAACCUCAGAGGAGAACCACAGAGGAGAACCACAGAGGAGAACCUCAGAGGAGAACCUCAGAGGAGAACCACAGAGGAGAACCACAGAGGAGAACCUCAGAGGAGAACCUCAGAGGAGAACCUCAGAGGAGAACCACAGAGGAGAACCACAGAGGAGAACCUCAGAGGAGAACCUCAGAAGAGAACCUCAGAGGAGAACCUGAGAGGAGAACCACAGAGGAGAACCUCAGAGGAGAACCUCAGAAGAGAACCUCAGAGGAGAACCUGAGAGGAGAACCACAGAGGAGAACCUCAGAGGAGAACCACAGAGGAGAACCUCAGAAGAGAACCUCAGAGGAGAACCUGAGAGGAGAACCACAGAGGAGAACCUCAGAGGAGAACCUCAGAGGAGAACCUCAGAGGAGAACCUCAGUGGGAACCUCAGAGGAGAACCUCAGAGGAGAACCUCAGAGGAGAACCUCAGCUGCCAUGGUUCUCAGUUCUUCAGGAGCUGUCUGGUUGUGA